AUGGUCUCCUUCAAGCUCGCGGCCCUCGCAGCUGUAGCGUUGGGCUCGUUGAACGUUCUAGCACAAGACACAGCAGCAGACAUCCAGGUCGAAGACAACAUCGGCGAUACCCCUCAGAACCCUGCGAAACCGGACAUUGCCGAUGUCAACGUCGAAGAUAUGCAGAACUACCUGGCAUCGGGCGGGAACCAGCAGUGGAAAACAGGAAGCAGCGAUCCAAAGCCGUUGAACGUCGACGUGAAUGUGUCUUUCCCAGAUGCUGAGAUCUUUGGUGUGAAGCUGGUCAACGGCCGGCCUACGCGCGCCCUGUUCCACAUCGCGAACAAUGAGGAUACGGACAUCAAUGUUCUGCUUGGUCUGGGUGCGCUGUUGACACCCUUGGGCACUCCUGGUGCACCAGAGGUACCACAGGUUGUACGCAACAUGACUGGCGCCAAGUUCGGCACAGUCAUUGCGCCAAAGUCGAAGGAAACUUUGACGUACUCUUUCAGCAACGUCAUGCAGCCGCAGGACCUUACCCUGGAGCUCCAGACUGUCAUCGCCAAGGGCCAGAAUAUGUUCACCUUGACCGUCUUCUCCGAGAGCGUGUCUAUUGUGGAGGCACCAACUUCGAUCCUCGAUCCUCAAAUUAUCUUCCUCUACCUCCUCCUCGCCGGUAUCUUCGGUGGUACCUGCUACUUCAUCUACAACGUCUGGAUCACACAGCUUUUCCCUCAAAAGAAGCGCGGCGGCAAGGGCGGCGAGCGUGCCAAGCGAUCGUCUGGUGGUAGCAAGCCAGUCGAUCCCUCAGAGCAGGUCGCUGUGGUUGGUGCAGAUGGACCUGCUGUGACUACUGGUUCCAAGACCUACGAUGAGAGCUGGAUCCCAGCGUCUCACCUGCAAAGGCCACAAGCUAAGAGAGUUGGAAGUGGCAGACCAAAGAGCAGGGCAGCAUAA